AUGGCAGAGACAUAUUCGGUGCCUGCCGAGGCCCACCGGGUGCUUCACGAAGGCAUUUUUGGCAACCCGAGGGUUGCGCACAAUGUCCCCGGAGGCGCCGCCGAGAUCGCGGCCCAGUCCGUCAGGUUCAAGGGAAACGACCAGCCCAGCGUCCCCGUCAACUGGCGGUUUGCCGAGAGUGCGGCCGCUCUCAAGGCCUACGAAGCUUCGGUGCUUUCGCUUCUUGUGCGCAAGAAGUAUGGCGUCGAUGCUGGCGAGGUCAUCAUUGACACGGACCAUGCGAGCCUCUUCUUCAUGAGCCCCAUCGUCGCGCAGGUGAUCGGGCAAGACGGCAAACCCACGCCCUUCAGCCCUCUCGAUCCCCGCAACCACCGCAUCAUUCCCAACUAUGACAAGCACGACAGCACAAGUUUGUACCGGGGUCUGACGACCAGCAUCUACCGGACCAAGGACGGCAGGUUCUUCCACCUGCACGGCAGCUUGAACCCGGAUGCCUCCCUGGCCGCUCUGGGCUUGCCCAUCAGGGACGACUCGGCCACAGACUUUGACACCUGCGUCGGUCGCAUCCAGGAAAAGGUCCUGCAGCAUGAAUCAGGCGAGCUCGAUGAGCUGAUGAACGAGAAGCACCGGCAGGCGGGCUGCGUGGGCCUCUCCAUGGAAGAAUACUUCGCCUCCGAGUCUGGCCGGGCCAACCACAAGGCUGGCCUGUAUGAGCUCAGCCACUUUGACUAUGGCAGUGACGGCGGCGAAGGCACGCACUUGCCGGCGGCCUGGUGGCCAGAGCAACCGUCCCGCCCGUCCUCCGCAACCCGGCCCCUCGCGGGCCUCAAGGUCGUCGACCUGACCCGUGUCAUUGCGGGACCAUCAAUGACGCGCGCGCUCGCCGAGAUGGGCGCCUCGGUCAUGCGAGUCACCAGCCCGAACCUGGCCGACCUCUCGGCCGUCCAUCACGACUUGAGCUGGGGCAAGUGGAGCUGCCAUUUGGACCUCGACGUGCCGGGCGACUGCGAGAAGCUGUGGGCGCUCAUCCGGGAGGCCGACGUUGUCGUGGACGGCUACAGGCCGGGAGCCAUGGACCGGCGCGGGUUCGGGCGCGACGCGGUGCUGGCCGCCGCCCGGAUCCGCGGGAGAGGAAUUGUCUACGCGCGGGAGAACUGCUACGGGUGGCACGGCCCAUGGAUGCACCGUAGCGGGUGGCAGCAGAUCAGCGACAUGUGCUGCGGCAUAUCCAUGGGCUUCGGGCGCGCCAUGGGUCUGGACGAGCCCGUGACUCCGGUAUUUCCUAAUUCUGAUUUCUGCACGGGAAUCAUAGGCUGCGUAGGCAUUCUGCACGCGCUGAUCCUUCGUGCAGAGAAAGGUGGCUCGUACGGCGUCGACACCGCUCUGAACUACUAUUCUACCUGGCUCGCCGAAUCUGUCGGCGAGUACCCGGCCGCUGUGUGGCAAGACUUGUGGCAGCGCCACGACAACUUUGUCUUGCACCACUACGAGAACAUGCAGCACAUGUUCCCCAAGCUUAUGCCCAUCAUGCACCACGCGGACGGGGCGGUGCUAUUCAAGCCGCAGUUCUUCGAGCAGCGUAAGGCGGCUGCGUGCGGCGAGGGAGGAGAAGGAGGAGGAGUCACGUUCGUCCUGCCCAGGCCGAUUGCCGAUUUCACAGGCGGGACGGUCGAGCUCAAGUACGAUGUGGGCACUCGGGGAAACGGCGUGGAUGCGCCGGUCUGGCCAGAGGAUCUCAAUGUAGAAGUGGUGAAGGUCUGAUGGUCACUGCAGAGUCUGGUCCAUGGAAUUUUAGCUCUACUUCAACACGGUCCGUGAAGG